ACUUUUUUAAAACUAUAAUAAGAGUUUAUGUUUAGUUGUUAAAAUGGCCUAUUUUAUUGGACCAGAUAUAUCGGAUAGUGAUAUUUCGGACGACGAUUAUGUUUCUUACGAAAAUAUACCCGAGAAUACAGCAUUUAAGCAAGUAACUCGAGAAUUAACCGAAAAAGAGAAACAACAUCAAUUGAAUACUUCUAUGUACAAUGCUAUUUGUAAUAACAACGUAGAAGAUGUAAGAAAAUUCAUUAACAAUGGUUUUGACGUUAACACGUAUCUACAAAAUGAUUGGACACCUUUGUUUUUGGCCGUAUCCUUUGGUAGUGCUAAAUUAACAGAAGAAUUACUAAUGUCUUUAGCAGAUGUACAUUUGAAAAGAGACAGUUGCACAACACUUAUGAUGGCUUGUAACUGCCCCAAAGAAACUUCUCCUUGUACGGAAACAUUAAAAGUUAUAAGACUGUUAGUAAAUCACGGAGUUGAUGUUAAAGCUGUUAAUAAGACUAGAAUGACUGCUUUGAUGUUUGCUGCAAAUGUAGGUAAUUUACCGGCGGUUCAAUUUUUACUGCCAUUAUCUAAUAAAGAUGCCGAAGAUAACCAAAAGUGGACAGCGCUGUUUUGGGGGGUACAAGGAAAUGCAGUUGACGUAGUAAAAUAUUUAUUAGAACAAAAUUUGGAGUAUACUAAACCAGAUAUAAGAAACAACACCCCACUUGAUAUUGCUAAAGAUAACGAUUUUAAAAAUAUUAUUGAAUUAUUUCCACAAGAAGACGAAUAUAUGCUAUGUCCAAUAAAUCCGAAUGUAUUAUCAUUUGAUGAAAUGUUUACUGAUUUAAAUACUGCCCAACCUGAUUUCUUCUUAGAUACAUAUAACAUGCUCUGGGGUAUGAGAAGUGAAUGUCUGAUAAAACGCUUGAUUGAUAAAAAGUUAACUUUGAAAACAGUUUUAUCCAUAACUGAAGAAGAAUUGGAGGAACUUGGAGUGAAAAUGCCUUUUCAAAGAUACAGAAUCCUAGCGGGUUUAUACAAGUUUCAUAAACACCCUUUUCAUCCGAAAUCCAUACCAGUAGUGCCUUUAACUGAAACUUACAGUAAUAACGAUACUGCAAUACAGAUAUUAUCAGCUAUUAAACAAAUUAUCACUAUGGAAGCAGGGUUGCAUUUUAUAAUGAAACAUUGUAGCACAGAAGAUAUUUCGAUAGAACAACGCGCUUCCAUUAAGAAAAAUAUCAAAAACAUUAGAAAUAUAUUGACAAAGUGUAACAUUAUUUCCAAAAAGAUUUGUGAAAAAACUAAAAAUUUGGAUAAACAACGAGAACCUGUUGAUCUUAUUAAUAAAGAUUCUUGUCGACCCCUAAUACCUUGGAGAAAAAUUUUAUUUUCAGUUUCAGUUGUUACACUCAUACUUGUGAUUCAAUUCAAAAAAUGGUUAUGUUCGAUUUGUUGAUGAGGACUUCUGUAUUUUAUGAAUAUCAUAUUUGGCAACAAUGUUUUUUCAAUAAACGAUAGAAUAA